UGUUCACAUUUCACCAUUUUUACUUUUAUUUCAGAAUUGAUUGAAGAAAAAGAGAAGAAUGAAGAAUCAAGUGAAGUUGAGGAGAAAAAUCAUGUCAAAACAGGAGAAAAACCUAUGAGUUGCACUCAAACCAAACAGAAAGAUUUAAAGAAAAGAAGAGCCAAGAAAUCUUUCACCUGCACUCAGUGUGGAAAGAGUUUAACGCGCAAAACAAAUCUUAAGCGUCACAUGAGAGUUCAUACUGGAGAGAAACCGUUCACUUGUGAUCAGUGUGGCAAGAGUUUCUCACAAUCAGCACACCUUUAUGAUCACAUGAACAUCCACACUAGAGAGAACCAGCACGCAUGUGAUCAGUGUGGUAAAAUAUUUUUACGGGCUUCAGUUCUGAAGAAACAUCUCAAAGUUCACUCAAAGGAGAAGCCACAUUCAUGUUAUUUGUGUGGUAACAGUUUUUUGCAUCUACAAAAUUUGAAAGUACGUCAGAAAAUACAUCCUGCUGUGACAGAGUGCAUGUGCUUUGAGUGUGAAAAGACUUUUACUUCAGCAACCUGUUUAAAACUGCAUGAGAGGAUUCACACUGGAGAAAAACCUUAUAGGUGUCCACACUGCAACAAGAUAUUCGGUGAUUCAGGAGACCUAAAAAGACAUGAGAGGAUCCACACUGGAGUGAAACCUUAUAAGUGUUCACACUGUGACAAGAGAUUCAGUCAGUCAGCACAUCUGAAAAGACACAAUAAUAUCCACACUGGAGAGAAACCUUAUAAGUGUCCACACUGCAACAAGAGAUUCAGUGAUUCAAGAGACCUAAAAAGACAUCAGAGGAUCCACACUGGAGAAAAACCUCAUAAGUGUUCACACUGUGACAAGAGAUUCAAUAGGUCAGGAGACCUGAAAACACAUGAGAGGAUCCACACUGGAGAAAAACCUCAUAAGUGUUCACACUGUGACAAGAAAUUCAAUAGGUCAGGAGACCUGAAAACACAUGAGAUGAUCCAUAUUGGAGUGAAACCUUAUAAGUGUUCACACUGUGACAAGAGAUUCAGUCAAUCAACACAUCUGAAAACACAUGAGAGGAUUCACACUGGAGAGAAACCUUACAAGUGUUCACACUGUGACAAGAGAUUCAAUCAUACAUCAAAUCUAAAAAGACACGAGAGGAUCCACACUGGAGAGUAACCAUAUCACUUGCACUGCAUGUGGGAAGCGUUUCAAUCAAUCAUCUGCUAUACACAGUCAUACAAAAAACAAUCACAGUAAGUAGAUCAUCUUCAGAUCCAGCACUUUCAGGUCUGAUGCUGCGUCCUCACCAAAUGCCAGAUAAUAAU